GCCGGAAGAAGAAGAAGAAGAAGAAGAAGUAAAGAUGGCGGAGCAGUGUGAUUACAGAACAGUCGUGUUGAACUUGAGGAGUGUGUAGAGGCUGUGUGUGUGUGUGUGUGUGUGUGUGUCCGCUGAGAGGAUGGCUCACCACUACCUGCGGCUGUCGGCGGGCUGCAGGAGCAUGUUCCGGCUGCUGCUGUCCUCCGGAGCUCCGGCCAGGCUGGUGACGUGUUCCAACAUGGCGGGACAGGUGGAUAGUAGGCGGAGCCUGCUGAGGGACCUGCUGGGUGCAUACAGGAGACUGAGCUCGAAGCCUCCUAAAGGCUUUGAGAAAUAUUUUCCAGAAAGUCAGAAAACUCCAAAAAACGCAGAAGCUGAUGCAAACACAAAAGAGGACAAACCCCCCAGCGGUCAGAGGGCCUCCGGGGGUUCAGGAGGAGGAGGAGGAGGGGCAGAGGGAGGUGGAGGGGGAGGAGCAGGUGGGGGAGGAGGAAAGCGAGGAGGCCGCAGGGAGGAGUCACACUGGUACAGUCGUCUGCAGAAGGGUGAUGUUCCCUGGGAUGAUAAAGAGUUCCGCAUGUUCUUUCUGAGUGGAGCGGCGUUCUGGACCACCCUCACCUACUACUUCUUCUUCAGGGACGGAGGACGAGAGGUCACCUGGAAGGACUUUGUCAACAACUACCUGUCCAAAGGAGUGGUGGAGCGUCUGGAGGUCGUCAACAAACGUUUUGUUAAAGUGGUUUUCUCUCCGGGGAAGACGCAGAGUGACGGGUACGUGUGGUUCAACAUCGGCAGUGUGGACACCUUUGAGAGGAACCUGGAGACGGUUCAGUAUGAGCUGGGCAUCGAGGGCGAGAACAGAGUGCCCGUGGUUUAUUCAACAGAGAGCGACGGGACCUUCCUACUGAGCAUGCUCCCCACCGUGCUCAUCAUUGGCUUCCUGCUGUUCAUGCUGCGGCGGGGCCCUGCGGGGGCGGGGCGUCCGGGCCGAGGGAUGGGCGGGCUCUUUAGCGUCAGCGAGACGACGGCGAAGAUCUUGAAAGACGAGAUCGACGUGAAGUUCAAAGACGUGGCGGGCUGCGAGGAGGCCAAGCUCGAGAUCAUGGAGUUCGUCAACUUCCUCAAGAACCCCAAACAGUACCAGGACCUGGGCGCCAAGAUCCCCAAGGGAGCCAUCCUGACUGGUCCUCCAGGAACAGGAAAGACACUUCUCGCCAAAGCAACCGCCGGUGAGGCCAAUGUUCCAUUCAUCACCGUCAACGGCUCCGAGUUCCUGGAGAUGUUUGUGGGCGUCGGCCCGGCGAGGGUCAGAGAUCUGUUUGUCAUGGCGAGGAAGAACGCUCCCUGCAUCCUGUUUAUCGAUGAGAUCGACGCCGUGGGGCGGAAACGAGGGCGAGGAAACUUUGGGGGUCAGAGCGAGCAGGAGAACACACUGAACCAGCUGCUGGUGGAGAUGGACGGCUUCAACACGGCCACAAACGUGGUGGUUCUGGCAGGAACCAACAGGCCCGACAUCCUGGACCCGGCUCUGAUGAGACCGGGACGCUUCGACAGACAGAUUUACGUCGGUCAUCCUGACAUCAAAGGUCGAGCGUCCAUCUUUAAAGUUCACCUGCGUCCUCUGAAGCUGGAAGCGCACCUGGACAGAGAUGCUCUGGCAAAAAAGAUGGCCGCCCUCACACCUGGAUUCUCAGGCGCAGACAUCGCCAACGUGUGUAAUGAGGCUGCUCUCAUCGCCGCUCGCCACCUUUCAGACGCCAUUAACCAGAAACACUUUGAGCAGGCCAUCGAGAGGGUCAUCGGAGGCCUGGAGAAGAAGACUCAGGUGCUGCAGCCAGAGGAGAAGAAGACGGUGGCCUAUCACGAGGCCGGUCACGCCACCGCUGGUUGGUUUCUGGAGCACGCCGACCCCCUGCUUAAGGUGUCCAUCAUCCCCAGAGGGAAGGGUCUGGGUUACGCCCAGUACCUGCCUAAAGAGCAGUACCUGUACACCAAAGAGCAGCUGCUGGACCGCAUGUGUAUGACUCUGGGAGGUCGCGUCUCAGAGGAGAUCUUCUUCGGACGCAUCACCACCGGAGCUCAGGACGACCUCCGCAAGGUCACGCAGAGCGCCUACGCACAGAUUGUACAGUUCGGGAUGAACGCCAAGGUGGGUCAGGUGUCCUUCGACCUCCCCCGACAGGGCGAGAUGGUUCUGGAGAAACCGUACAGCGAGGCCACGGCGCGCCUCAUCGACUCUGAAGUCCGCGCUCUGAUCAGCGAGGCGUACCAGAGAACCCACCAGCUGCUGAGUGACAAGAAGGAAGAGGUGGAGAAGGUGGCGCUGCGUCUGCUGGAAAAGGAGGUUCUUGAUAAGAGUGACAUGGUGGAGCUGCUCGGUAAACGUCCAUUCGCUGAGAAGUCGACGUAUGAAGACUUUGUGGAAGGAACGGGAGGAGUGGACGAGGACACGUCGCUGCCUGAGGGUCUAAAGGACUGGAACAAGGAGAGAAAGGACAAAGAGGAGAGCCAGGACGAGCAGGUGGCCCGCCAGAUCUCUGGAGGAAUGCCCUUCUAGAACCAUGGACAGCUCCAACUUCACUUCACUUCUGUAGACUUCACACACACACACAGAGACACAGAGACACAGAGACACACACACACACAGAGACACACACACACACAGAGACACACACAGAGACACACACACACACACACAGAGACACAGAGACACAGAGACACACACACACACAGAGACACACACAGAGACACACACAUACACACACACAGAGA